CCCGCCAGUUCUCUUGCCGCCUCCGUCCACAGAACAGUAACACUAAGGCCACUCUAGCAGAGGCAACAAAGCGAGCCCCCCAAUCUUAGCACUGCAGGCGACAUCGCCGACGUCGACGCCGACGACGACAAGCACCAGCAGCCGCCGCCGCCAUGGACAGUCUCCAGAUCCCCGACCCUUCUAUACCAGGCCCUUCGCGCCAGCCAACGAACCGCCCCGUCUCGGUUCAACCGUAUACCAACACCAGUCCCGCAUCUCCCUCCACCCAACAGUCCUCCUCGUCCCGAAAACAGCGCGCCUCCCACACCGUCACUUCCGGCGCACAACAAGACGACGGGCCGACUUAUCGCGACGUGUACUCCCACCCCGCAGCGCUCGCCUAUGCUGCCAACCAUCCCAGGCGGACGAUUCCAAAGUUCGGCCCUUAUCUCCUCCUCCAGACGCUCGGAGAGGGCGAGUUCGGUAAGGUCAAACUCGGACUGCAUACGAAUUGGGGAGAGGAGGUCGCCGUGAAACUCAUCAAAAGGCACAAUAUUGACUCGGUCGUGCGCAUGUCCAAGGUCGAGCGCGAGAUCGAGGUCCUCAGGAUGCUCAAACACCCCAACAUCGUCCGGCUCUAUGACGUGAUCGAGACGGACAAGUACAUCGGGAUCAUCCUCGACUACGCCUCCGGCGGCGAACUCUUCGACCACAUCCUCGCCCACCGCUACCUGAAAGAAAAAGACGCCUGCAAGCUCUUCUCCCAACUCGUCUCCGGAGUCGGCUACAUCCACCAACGUAAAAUCGUCCACCGCGAUCUAAAGCUCGAAAACCUCCUCCUAGACCGGAACCGAAACGUGAUCAUCACCGAUUUCGGAUUCGCGAACCGUUUCGAACAUCGCACGGACGAUCUCAUGCAGACGUCCUGUGGCUCGCCAUGUUACGCUGCGCCGGAAUUGGUCAUCAGCGAGGGAAGCUACGUAGGCAGCGCGGUCGAUAUCUGGAGCUGUGGCGUCAUACUCUACGCGAUGUUGGCGGGCUAUCUGCCUUUCGACGAUGAUCCGGCGAAUCCGGACGGAGAUAAUAUUAACUUGUUGUACAAGUAUAUCGUCAACACCCCGUUAUCGUUCCCGGACUACAUAUCCGGCGAGGCGCGCGAUUUGUUGAGCAUUAUGUUGCAGCCGGAUCCGCUGCGCCGCGCGAGUCUGAGCGAGAUUAUGCAGCAUCGGUGGUUAGCCCCUUGGCGGCAUCUUUUCGAGAAAUCGGUGGAGGAGCUGGAGGGGAUCGCGAUGGAACAGCAUAGACAGAAGAGACUGGCUUAUCAACGACAGAUGCGGAAUCACGAGGCGCUUUCCAAGGAUCGGGACCGCGACAGGGACGGUAACACUAAGGAGAAGAUGUCGAGGAGUCAGAGCGAGCGCGCGAAAGAGAUGUUCCCGCAUGCGAGCGUCGCGGUCGCACCGGCGAGCACGAGCAGGUCCAGGUCGACGAGGGAACAGGUAUAUACCGGACCCAGUGGACAGACGGAAUAUUUGUAUGAGACGUCGGUGGGGGCGGAUCAGACGUUCGCGUCGGCUUCUCCGGUCGAUAUGGCCAUGACGAUGCCCCCUCCGCCGCCGCCACAACAACAGCAGACACAGGGACGCAGGGCGUAUAAUUCGGUGACGAUGCCGUCGCAUGCGCCAUUGGACGAGGACGAUCCGUUCGCGCCUGGGCCGGGGGUUGCUGCGAUGAGGCUUCAAGAGGAGGACCAGGGGCAGUAUGGACAUAUACAUGUUACGCCGACGGAGGUGGAGCAGUCGAUUCCGAGCUCGUGGAAGGAUACACUUCCUCUUCCUCUUCCACUUCCGACGCCGUCCAACGCGAACAACGGUGCGGUGAACGGGAAUGUGACGGGGAAUGGGACGGGGACGAAUACGAAUGCGGCGAAUACGGGGAGCGGGAGGAAGAAGGCGGCGGGGAUGAGACAUACGAUUCAGGUGGAGUAUGGAGAGCCGGGGGAGGAGUUGGCUCAGCCGGCGUCGAGUUCGAGGGUGGAACGUGGACAGCAGCAACAGCAGCAGCAGCAAGCGAGGACGAGGAGGCCGUCUGCUGGUUCGCAAUCCCAAGGUCAUGGUCAGAUGUUACCCCCACAGACGCCGGUCGUUACCAUCGACGCUGCGAGUCCGCCACAUACGCCCGCGCAUGGUUCGAUGCAACAAUACACGCCCACGACUGAGGACAAGACGACCGGCACGCCGUCCUCCGCGCAGUUCAAUAAUUCGAAUUCGAACGGGAGUGUGUCGUCGAGACAGGGAAGGCAUAGGAAGGGGAUCUCGCUUGAUAAGAUUGGGUUUGGGAAGAUCUUUGGUGGGAAUGCGAACGGCGCUGGGAAUGCGAACGGGAAUGCAGGGAGUGGGAACGGGAACGCAGGGAAUGGGAAUGGGAGUGGGGGAAGUGGGACGGAGACGUCGAAUGUGCAGGCGAGUGGGAUUAGCUCGCGUGUGCCGUCGGAUGGGUCGGCGGUUGGCGGUGGAGGAGGAGGAGGGGGAGGAGGAGGAGGGGAUCAGUAUUCGACUGCGACGUCUGGGAAUGGGAGUGCGAGUAGGAGGCCGUCGACGUUGCAGGUUGGUGGUACGGGCACGGAGUCGAGUGUUUUGUUGAGUCCGACUGCGGGAGGGGCAGGAGGGGAGAAGGAUAGUGUGAAGGAGAAGAAGAGUAGGAGGAAUACGUUGACGGUUAUGGUGGAUAAGACGAUCGGGAAGACGAGGUCGAAGGGGAGGAAUUCGGCGACUACUGCGACUACUGCGACGAGCGUCGAGACGCCGUUCAAGGAGAAGGAGAAGGACGCCGGCAGGGAGGAGAAACGCGGACGGGAGUACACGAGGGCUCCGCUCUCGGCCGCGCCGCCUCCAUCGUCGUAUGCCACGCCUGGGAAGAUGGACCCGCCGUAUGGGGUGCAGAGGAACGAGAGCGUGGGGAGCGGGAUGCAGGCGAGUAGUUCGAAGGCGAGGAAAGUCAUGCAGUGGUUCAGGUCGAGGAGUAAAGGCCCUGGACCGGAUCCUGAGACCGGGCUCGCUACCGCGGGAGCGGGAGAGAUGGGACAGGCGUAUCGACCCGGCGCGCAUAAUCCUUCGUCGACCUCGAUCAAUACCAGCAAUAAUGUCGGGCUCGGGUCGCAGUCGAUGGCGGGGAGCGUCAGUUCACGACAUGGACAUGGACAUGGUGGGCCACCGGCACCUUCGCAUCCGCAGCGAAGCGCGUCGGCGGCGAAUUCGAUCGAGACGUCGUUCUCGUCGACGUACAUCAAUACCACGCCGUCGUUCGCGGAGCGGAUGAAGCGGGGUAUCGUCCCUGGGUCGUCGUAUCGCGAUUCGGUGAAGCCGCUCGGAGGUAACAGUAACAGCGCCGCGCAGUUGAGGGUGCAUCAUGGCGCGGUGGAUCCGACGACGACGACGACGGGAAGUCCGCCGGAGGUGAUGAAGCAUGUGAGGCAGGUUUUGGAGGAGAUGGGGAUUGAGAUACAGGUGGAGAGUGAGUUUAAGUUUAGGUGUGUGAGGGCGAAGAGGGGUAGGUUGGCUAAUGGGGUGGGCGUCGGGGUCGGGUUGGGGAUUGGGGCGUCGGGGAGUGGGGCGGCGCAGGGGACGAAUGGGUUGCAGGCGUUUACGAUGGUGGGGAGUGCGGCGUCGAAUGGAGUCGACAAGCGUGGACUCCCAGUGCCCUCCAGCCAGUCCUUCGGCUCGGCGGGCGGGAUGCUCAAGGGUCUGCUCAUGCGACGUCAGUCCUCCCAAGCUGGUGCACCCACCGGUAUCUCCUCCGCGUCGUUCUACGAGAGCGAGAACAGCGCCGAUCCGCUUUCGCCAGACAACAGCCUCACCUCACCUACCGUCGCUCUUCCCUCGUCUGGACCCGAACAGGAUGGCAUCACCGUGUACGGUGAUCAGAGCCAGGACGCGGGCGACGAAGUCCGGUUCUCGGUGGAGUUGACGAGGCUGGACAGGUUGACGGAUACGUUCAGUUUGGAUAUUAGGAGGUUGAAGGGGAAUUUGAGGAGUUAUAAGUUCUUGUAUGACAUGGCUAGGGACCGCCUCAACUUCCAACGGUGAAGUGAGAUCGUCCGAUCUAACCUUGAAUAUUCAGGCUCGGGACAUUGAGUGGCCUCUUGGUUUAAUUUUCUCUUCUUCCCCCCUUCGUGUGUUGUGCUGUUCGUAUCAACUACAAUACCCCGCAUUCGUAAUGAUUCCCCCGCAUGUUCACUAGUAUUCCGUCCUCGGUCUAUGGUUUCGUUUCUCGUCUCGGCUCGCCUCUGUCCCAUGCCAUGUCAUACAAUUUUAUCGUUCGUGGAUAGUUCCCUCCGUCCUCGCCUCUGCCUCUGUCCAGCUUCUCUCGGCCUCUGCUUCCUCCUCGUCAUUGUUCAAACCCCCUUCGCCACCAUGUCUAAUUACAUUUUAACCCUACUCAUUCUACACUGAGUCUCUCUCUCUCCCUCUCUUCUCCCUCCCUAUAUCUCCCCGCUCGUUUCACGUCAUCCAUGUCUACCUGUCAUUGUGUCUGUUAUAUAAACCAGCGUUCCCUUCCCAUCUAUCUGAG